GCCAACUAAUUUUGCCAUCAGCAAUCUUAUUUUGUUAUUUUGACAUAGUAUAAUUAUUCUCAAUAAAUAUAAUUUCUUUAAGUGAUUCGUACGGUUCUUUCUGUUGCUUUUAGAGUUAUCAAGAAUUAGUUGCAGUUCAGAGCAGUAUGAAUGUAAAGAGAUUUAACAGAAGGCAUUUUAAAGGAACCUUUCAUAUUCGCUUAUGAGAUGUGUAAAAUUACAAACCUGUGAUACAAAAUAAACAAUAAUGUCGGAAGUAAAAGGAACUAAGGCUUUAGAAUUAUGGUGCAAACGAUUGGUAAAAGAUUGUCCUAAUAUACAGAUUGAUAAUAUGACAACAUCUUGGAGGAAUGGAAUGGCAUUUUGUGCAUUAGUUCAUCAUUUUCGACCGGAUCUCAUCGACCUUUCCAAGCUUAAACCAGAGAAUAUAUAUGAAAAUAAUCAGCUAGCAUUUAGCAUAGCAGAAAAACAUUUAGGUAUUCCUGCUUUAUUGGAUCCUGAGGAUAUGGUUGAAAAUGAUGUCCCAGACAGAUUGUCAGUAUUAACAUAUUUGUCUCAGUUUUACCAGCGUCUUAGUCACACAGUAAAUACUAAAGCCACUGAAAGUGAGCCAAAAGCUUCAUCUCCUACGUCUAAGCAUCCAGUUACUCCUAUAAGAUUUGGAAAGACAGGUCUUGACAAAUGUGCUGCAUGUGGAUUGCCUGUCUAUUUGGCACAAAGACUUAUGGUGGAUCAUAAACUUUACCACAGAAGAUGUUUCCGAUGUUCAAAGUGUUCUGGCCACUUGAAUCCAAAGAAUUAUCAUGUAGAUGAUACAUCUGAGUUUUGUUGUGACUCUUGCAAGAAUGAAAAGAAUUUCAAUUCAACAAAGAUUUUUAAUAAUAAUGACCAGAUGGGAAUGCUAGCAUAUAGUGGAGAUGCAAGUGAUUCAAAAACUGAUACAUGUAAUGAGGAGCAAGUAAGUCAAAGACAUAAGACCAGGCCACAGUCUAUAUUAGAUAAAAUAAACAUGUUCGAAAAGAAUGUAGAAAAAGACACAAGUAUUGAUCAUAAAUUAGCAAAUAUUAGUUUAAAAGAUUCCACUAACGAUAAGCCUAAAGUAGAUAACUCCUUAGAUGUUGAAAAUAGUAGUAAAGAACAAAGUUUUUCUUCUAAAGUUGAUAAUAUGGAAAUCAACAAAUCAAAUAAUUUGAAUGAUGAUGUAAUUAGUUUAAAUGAAAGUUUCUAUAAAAAAGUGCCUGAUAAUCUAUACAAAAGCAAUGUAAAUAAAUUCAAUUUUUUACAAACACAACUGGCAGAAGACAAUUUUAAAACUGAUACAGCCUCAAAUAGCAGUGAAAUUUUAGAAAACAAACCCAAACAUGAUGAAAUAAAAUUCACAAUUGAUGAUAAAUCUUCUAUUUAUGAUGACAAAAUAAGUAGAAAACUAGAAGAACCUAAGGAAGAAAGUAAUAUAACAGAUGAUAACAGACUUGCUAAAUCUAAUCUAAACAUAUCUAGUUCUAAUACAUCUACGACGCUAGAAACUAACAAUUCCAGUAAAGACGAUUCUCAGAAAAGUAUAAGUGUACCACCAAGACGAAAAAAACAUAACACAUCAACAGAUAAAUGUACAAAUGGAAUAAAAAAAGAAGUACCAAAUAAGACUAUCGUAAAAAAUCAAGAAUAUCCAGAUUACUUAAACCCAUUUUCUGACGAUGAUGAUGAGAAGGUAAUCCCUAAAGAAGAACCUAAGAAAGUUAGUACGAACCCUUUCGGAAGUAGUGAGGACGAAGAUGAAGUACCCUCAGUCCAAAUAACACAAAAUACACAAGACAAACAUUUACAAACACCAAUAAAAAGACUUGUUGUAGCACAAAACCCCUCGAACCCCUUUUGGUCGGAUGGAGAAGAACCAUCGUCUGAUGAAGAGGCAUGUGAAAGAAGUUCCAAUUUGUAUAAAUCAUCAAUGGCGACGAGUACUCCUAAUCUACCAUCAAGUACUCCGCGACGUAAAAAGCCGAAAGCACCCGCGCCUCCGCCCGUCAUCUCAAUUAGCGAAGCACAAAAGCCUGAUAGGAACUCCAUGUCCGUCUCUAUGGACGAUGUUGCCAGUAUAUCAUCACUAAGCUCCCACACUUCUACAGUUUAUUCCGAUCAAAAAUCAAUUGGUACUAUAACUCCUAAAUCGAAAAAGAAACGUCAUGCGCCCACACCACCAGACAGUCUUUCUACUCUCUCAGGGUGUGGAGCUGAGUCAAUGGAGAAAGGUGUCGACACGUCUGGUACACGUAGCGCUGCUUCAGAUGAGUUGACGGGCGCGUGCCGGCGGGCGAAGGGGCCGGCGCCGGGGCUGCCGCUGCCGGCGCGGCGCGCGGUGCGGCUGCAGCUGUCGGGCGAGGAGCUGCAGGUGCAGCUGGACCUGCUGGAGACGCAGCAGCUGGGCCUGGAGCGGCAGGGCGUGCUCAUCGAGCAGAUGAUACGUGACAAGUGUGAGGGUGACGAAGCGGUGGCGGUGCCGCAGGAGGAAAUCGAAGACCUGGUGAUACAGCUGUGUGAGCUCGUCAAUGAAAAGAACGAUCUGUUUAGAAGGCAGACAGAGCUUAUGUACAUCCGCCGGCAACAAAGAUUAGAGCAAGAACAAGCGGACAUCGAACACGAAAUCAGAAUCAUACAAUCGAGGCCGGCCGUUAAUCGCAUCGAUUCAGAUAAGGCGCGCGAGGAGGAGCUGGUGUCGCGGCUGGUGGAGAUGGUGCGGCUGCGCGACGAGCUGGUGCAGCAGAUAGAGGCGGAGCGCCGCCGCGAGCGCCAGGAGGACCUCGCCAUCGCAGCCUCUAUCGCCACCAAGAGAGCACAAAGGAACAGCGAUUCAAAUGCUUCAUCCAUUAAAUCGACGGAAACUAUCGUUAGUCCUAAGAAGACCAAAGUAAAGGACAAGGUGAAAAAACAAUUAAAGAAAGCAAAGCACACGUUAAUAUCAAAGAAAAAGGACGAAGAUAAAAUGGAGAAAGAAAAGAAACCAAAAUAACUCAUCCAACUGAAAAAUAUAAGAACAGAUUACAAGUAUACAUUUUUCUUUUAGAUUAAACAGAUAUAUUAAUGUAAGGAAAGUAUUUAAUAAGACUGAAUUUUUCUCCAUUGAUCAUUAAUUCGUGAUUCAUAAAAAAAAAAAACAUUUUGACUAUUUAGACAAAUUUUAUGAUCGAAAGUAUUAUAAUUAAAUUUCUGAUCAAGUAAUCGUACAUUUAUCGUUGUAUUAAAUAUUUCGUAAUCUCGUAACUUUCAUUGGACAAAGUAGUACUUAACCGUUUUGUAUUUACUAAAAAUAUAUUAGUUUUAUUCAACAUGUAAGAAAAAACAUUCCUUUUAACGUAUUUGAUACAUGUAAGUAAAAUAAGUGGUUUCUUUUUUUAUAGAGUAAAUAUAAAAAAAUGAAUAUUAAUAUCAGACAUCAAGGCGGUCAUAGGCAACUGCUUUUAUAUUUAUUUUUAUGCCAAACCAUCGCCCGUGACAAUGGUUAAUUCUACAUAUCUAAAAAAUAUACUAAAAUAUCAAGUAGUAAACAUAGAUAAACGGUAAAAUUAAAUCAUCGAGACAUUUUAAAAUAACUAUAUUUUCUUCAGAGUUUCUAUACAAAUUUACAUCUAGUCUUCUGCUGCUAUAUUAAUAAGUAUUGUAAAAUCUUUACUUCUACUGUUUAACUGGUUCUGAAAAACAACAAAAGAAAAUUAUGCAAGUCCUACAAAUUGCAUAUCAAAUAGGUAUAUAGUAUUGAUGCUUUUUUAUAUAUAGUAUCCAAUUAGCGCAGGGCGCAUGACAAAUCAUUUUCAAAGAAAGAAAAUAUAUAAAAGCCCACGCCAUAUUGCUGAAUAUAAGAGUAAUUUCUAUGAGUGAAAAUUAAAAACUCAAUGGAAGCAGUUUUUAUUUUUAUGUUUAUACGAUAAUUUCUGUAACGAAGUUUUUAAUAGACGAGUUAUAAGAAAAAAUCCUUUAUAAAAGUGUACUUUAGCACAGGGUGGCCGCCCUUUGGAUUUCCUUUUCUCAAUUCUACUUAUAAUUAUUUUAUUUUAAAAGUAGAAAAACAUAUAAAAUGUUUUUCCAAUAAAUUGAGUCUUCAUUUUUAAUAAGUUACGAUCGAAAUUUAAUCUAUCUAUAAUCUUAUUGUACACCAACACAACCAUCUUUAUAUGUCUGUAAUAAAUGUAAUAAAUAUUACUAACAUUUAAUAUAAUUUAUGACAUGAUUAUUGUUUAGAGAUUGUAUUGAUAUUAUGGGAUUACUGUGAUAUACAAAAAACACAUGUAUAUCUAUUUGUCUCGAAAGUUUGAACCAAUCUAACGGAGCUCAAACUCUUGCUACUUUUUGUUGCUUAACAAUUCAAUUUAUUGCUAUUUACUUUCUAUUGCAUUUUUUUUCUGCCGCCUGCAGAAUCAGGUUCUCGAAUAUUCUAUUUCUAUUUAUAAGUUUUAAACUUAACUGUGCUAACAUUUACUAGCUUUACCUAACAUAGGCUUACGUCGUUAUUAUAGCCCACCAUAUAAACCUGUAAGAACUUAAGGUUGUUUGUUUAACUGCAUUUAAUGUGUCCAUUUUUUAUGUAAACUAAACCAUAUUUACAUACUAUCAUUGUCCAUUACAAAGAGUUUAAGUUAUUUUAAUAAAUGUGAAAGCCAUUUAAAAUACUCUAUUUGUACCGAAUUAAUUUAUAGUUAAAGAUAUGUUGCUUUAUACAUUUAUGAAAGUUUAAAAGUUUAUUAAGAUCACAAUAUUUAACACUACUUAUACACCCUAACAAAAACUAAACACACAAAGAGGUAUAUAUUUUAGCCAUAAGAGCACUUAACACAAACCAGCACAAAUUCUUUUUUUAAUAAAUAUAUGUUAUUAAUAAA